GAACCUCUGAGGUUAUCACAUCUCAGAGCUUCUUCAGUAAAGCUGAACCACGAUGAGCGCCGCGCUGAUGGACGCCGUGCACGGCUACGGCGUGAGCACCACGCAGUACCUGCAGACCCACUACAGAGACGCCCAGGGCUGGUUCCUCUUCGUCUCCUUCGCCGCAGACCUGCGCAACACCUUCUUCAUCUUCUUCCCCAUCUGGUUCCACCUCAGGGAAUCCGUGGGCAUCAAGCUCAUCUGGGUGGCUGUGGUGGGAGACUGGCUCAACCUGGUCUUCAAAUGGAUUCUGUUUGGCGAGCGCCCGUACUGGUGGGUCCACGAGACACCCUACUACACCAACGCAUCUGUACCUCACAUUCAGCAGUUCCCCAUGACCUGUGAGACGGGACCAGGUAGCCCAUCGGGUCACGCUAUGGGUGCGGCUGGAGUCUACUACGCCAUGGUCACCUCCAUCCUCGCCAUCCUGCUCAGCAAGAAGCAGACGUCACCCACCAAAGGGCUGUACUUGCGUGGAACCCUCUGGACUCUGUUUUGGACCGUCCAGAUUUGCGUCUGCCUCUCCAGGGUCUUCAUCGCUGCCCACUUCCCUCAUCAGGUCAUCGCUGGAGUUAUUACAGGUAUGAUCGUGGCUGAAGUCUUCAACAGACAGCGCUGGAUCUACCAAGCCAGCCUGCAGAGGUACUUCAACAUCACACUGUUCCUCCUCACCUUCGCCGUGGGCUUCUACGUCCUCCUGAAAGCCGUAGGCGUGGACCUGCUGUGGACUCUGGAAAAAGCCCAAAAGUGGUGCACCAACCCCGCCUGGGUGCACAUGGACACCACGCCGUUCGCCAGCCUGCUGCGCAACAUGGGCACGCUGUUCGGCCUGGGCCUGGGCCUGCACUCGCCGCUCUACACCGAGAGCAAGAAGAGCAGCAGCGCCCCCUUCAGGAUAGGCAGCGUCCUCACCACCCUGCUGCUGCUGCAUCUGUUCGACUCCAUCAAGCCGCCCACGCACACGGCCGCCCUCUUCUACCUGCUGUCGUUCUGCAAGAGCGCCGCCGUGCCGCUGGUCACCGUCAGCAUCAUCCCGUACUGCGUCUCGGGGGCUCUGAGUUUACCCAGCAAGAAACGGCUCUGAGAGAGCACCAGGAAGGUUCAGACCAACACGGUUCAGACGUGAGCAGGGGUCUUCAGGUUCAGGUUCUCACGCCGGAUCUUGAGGCGAAGUUUGUGGUUUUCAUUCACGGUUAGAAGAAGCAGGUCUGGAGCUCUGUACGAUUUACUGCUCAUGAUUACGGCGCACUGAGAACUGGCUCAGCGUCCGGUCCGUAUAGAUGAGAACUGAAAUGUAGAACUUUACGACUGAGAUAAAGAAGAGCGUUUGUCCAAACAAGAUCCAGGAGAAACUUCUGCCUUCAUCUCAGGAUUCCUUAUUAUUAUUAUUAUUAUUAUUUCUGUUAUCUAUGCUUGUAUGCUUCUUUAGAAUUCUAUUUUUGUGAGAAUUGUUAUUUUUAAUAAAACAUUUCAAAAAAGA